AUGUCCAUUUCACUGCAGCAGCGUGUGACAGCUUUUGUCAUUGUCUUUUUGUUGGUGAUUGGUAAUGUCUUGUUGGUUUCAGGAUUGCUCCACAUUCCGAAUAGUGUUGGAUCUUCCGAUGUGUAUCAACACAUUGUCAAGAUGUCAACAAGAAAAUUUAAUAGUGACACACCAUCAUCAUCAUUCUCACAACAUUUUCAAUCAAAAGGUUUUACAGUCAUUCCAAAUAGUGAUGACCAAGAAAGUAUUUUCAUGUUUUUAGGAGAUGAAGAAUUACAACAAUUGAAAACUCUCUUGUCAUCAUCAACCGAUCACUGCUGGAAUCAAGAUUUGAAAAUUUUAUAUUCUUCUUCUUCUCAAAAAAAAGAAACUCAUAUCAUGACAGAGAAUCAUGAGACUCUCGAAGAUGAAAAUGAUAUUGAAAUGACAAGAGAAAUUAUUUUGGCACAAUUUGAUCCUUCUUUGAAAAAAGAAUUAUUGAAACUCUAUAGUGGAUUUAACAGAGUACCAAAAGAUUAUCCAAACCUUGAUAAUAUUAAUAAUUAUUUGAAAGGUUUAGAACAGAGAUUUCCUGGAAGAGCCAAAAUGAUGAAAAUCACAAAAGAACCAACUUUUGAGAAACGACACAUUUAUGGUGUGAAAAUAUCCAAUCAUGUUGAGCAAGAACGUGAUGUUCCUAAUAUUCUCAUUGUGAGCGCUCAUCAUGCAAGAGAGAUUAACACUGUCAUUACAAGUAUUGUCAUUAUUGAAAAGUUACUUUCUGACUCGAACAAAUUUGGAAAUAUUUUGCAAGAUUAUCAAAUUUAUAUCAUUCCAGUGGUAAAUGUGGAUGGAUAUCAUUAUGUAUUUUCAACAAAUAAUUGGUGGAGAAAGAAUAGAAGAUUUGUUGGAUAUCAUAAUGGUACAAAAUCAUUUGGUGUGGAUCUUAAUCGAAACUAUGAUAUUGGAUUUGAAAAAUGUGCUGGAAAUGAUUCAUUGAAUUCAGAUGUGUAUAAAGGAGAAUUUGCAUUCUCUGAAAUUGAGACGAGUAGUAUUCGAGACUUUGCUAAACGAGUGGGUGGAUUCUCCAAAGUGUUAGAUUUUCAUAGUUUAGGAAGACAAGUUCUCACAGGUUAUACUUGUACAUGGAAUGCUCAACAAGAUUACAUUGUCAAAUUAGGAGAGGAAUUGGCUUCCAAAGCGAACAAUUACAAGACUCGUGUUCCUCAUGCUGAUGGAGAACAUCAAGAAUAUCACAUCAAGCAAUAUACUUCCUAUUCGUUUUUGAUUGAAAUUAUGGACUCUUUCCAACCUCCUUUUUCUGAAAGUGUGAAAGAGUCCAUCGAAUUAAUGCCUCUCAUGGAACACUUUUUAAAUAAGGCCAUUCCAUUAAGAGGACAUGUUUAUGAUCGUGACACUGGAAAACCACUCAGCCAUGUGAAUAUUCAAAUUGUUGGCAUUGAUUGGAAAGCAGGAGAGAGCAGACACACCAAUCAUUUUGGAAGUUAUUAUUUAUUCUUACCUCCAAAUAUGGAAUAUGAACUUGUGUUUUCUCACAAGGUGGGAACCAUGCUAAAGACCAAGACUGUUCGAGUUCGAUUGGGCCAGGACGAUGCAUCACAAGUGCUGGAUGUACAUUUAUAA